UGCUCUCUUUCCCGUGAACCUUAGACAUAAAAGGCUUAUGUAAGGACUUUUUUCUAUGUGCUCCGAUGAUUGUUGUUAUUAGAUAAAGAAUUAGAAACACGUUUUUUACACAGAUUGGGCAACAGGAGCCCAGAGCCCACUGAAUCCCGAGAGGUCGUUGAGGGGAGCUUUAUUCCUGCUGCAGCCUCAAAUCUCAGUCCCAUUCAGCUCUGUCUGCAGCACAGAGUUGACUUUCUGUGGAGACCCUCAACAGCUGACAACUCAAACACCUGAUCUAGCGCUUUGCAUUUUGGAACAUCUGCUAAGGAGAAAGUCUUGCAUGUGGAGGCACGACAGCUUGAAGUUUCCCUGAUGGCUCCUUCUGUUCGCUUGGUCGUCCUGCUGCAGCUUCUCAGCUGCAUAUCCGCGGGUCUGGCCUGUUUCUGUGACAAAUACCCCUGGGGCUCCUGGUCCGCAUGCACUAGUACCUGCAAUCAUGGAAUCCGGUACAGAACCAGGAACAUUGUGUACGACGACUAUUACUGGAAGAGCAGCUGCCGUCAGAUCUGUGAGCACUCACAGAUGGGAGCCUGCAACCAGCACGCCUGUCCAAUCAACUGCCUGCUGACAGAGUUUGGGCCCUGGUCUGACUGCUCCCCCUGUGCCAAGAAACAGUUUCGGACCCGGUCUGUACAGAGGCCAUCCCAGUUUGGUGGAGCGGCCUGCAGCGUAGAGUUGACAGAGGAGAGGCCCUGUUACUCUUCCAGAGAAUGCAAGUUGCCACCCAUUGACUGCAAAGACAACUUCAAGUGUGAUAAUGGACGCUGCCUCAAUUCAACCCUGACGUGUAACGGGCAGAACGACUGUGGAGACAACUCUGAUGAGAAGGACUGCGUCAGCUUUAAAAUCGUUUGUGCAGGAAGGCCGAAAGUGGCCCCUGGGGCCGACCUGGUGCAGAACGGGUUUGACGUUUUAGCAGAGGAGCCUAAAGCGCCAGUGAUAGACAACAUGUUUAUGGGAGAAAUUUGCAACAUCAAGAGACCCGAGAAAAGUCUCGUCUACCAACGAAUCCCCUACAACUUUGACAAGUUUGACUUGGAGGUUGGACAGGUACAGGACUUCAGCAUCAAGCCCCAGACGCUGCACUCGGAGCCCAUCAAUGUGAAGACAUCGGGUUCUCAGAGCCAGUACUCUGCUAAGGGGAGAGAUCUUUUUAUAUUUCCCUUUAUUCCAAUUUUUUACCUCGGUCGAGGCUCAUCCUCUUCGUCUGGCUCUAGGAAAGAAGCUUUUGAGGCCUCGCAAAAAAAGGAUUCAAAGUUUUUCCGAGUCAACCAGGUUCUGCCCAUAUCCACAUUCAAGCUGAAACGACCCGGGGAGCUCGUCCUGUCCCACGCUUUCCUCCAGUAUCUCAAUGCGCUUCCGCUUCAGUACAGCUAUGCUCUCUACAGGGAAAUAUUUGAACGCUUUGGAACCCACUACUACGACUCAGGAAAACUGGGCGGUCACUAUGAUCUGCUGUACCAGUACAGUCGAGAGGAGAUGAGGGCUUCAGGUGUAACAGACGAGCAGACGGCAUCCUGUCUCUCUAGAGAGACCACCUUCACCGUCAUCCUCUACAGUCAACACAGCAGUGUAACACGUUGCAAUGAUGACAAGAUGACACAGAAAUAUGAAGGUUCGUACAUCAAGGCUUCAGAGAAAUCCUUCUCCCUGGUACAAGGAGGCCGGCCCAGAGAAGCAGCAGCUCUGGCCUGGGAGAGGCAGGGAGCCACCCCAGACAAAGACUCGUUCAUAAACUGGGCCAAGUCUGUUCUUGACAACCCUGCGGUGGUGGAUUACAAGCUUCUGCCCAUCAUAGACCUGGUGCAGGGGAUCCCCUGUGCCGUCACAAAAAGGAGGCACCUGAGGAGGGCCCUGCUGCAGUACCUGGAAGAGUUCGAUACCUGCAAAUGUGCUCCGUGUCCCAACAAUGGCCGACCUGUUCUCUCCGGCACAGAGUGCAAAUGUAUUUGCCAGACCGGCACCUUUGGCACUAACUGUGAAAAACAGGCUCCGGACUUCACUUCAGAGCAGGUGGACGGACACUGGAGCUGCUGGGGGCCGUGGAGUCGCUGUGUAGCCACCUUGAAGCGACAUCGCACAAGGCAGUGUAAUAACCCUGCUCCACUGAGAGGAGGCCAACCAUGUGAAGGCCCCGAGAGACAGGAAGAGGCUUGUUAUAUCUCCAUUUUUGAAAGACAGGAGACCUGUGACAAUGACGAUGACUUCACUGUGGGAUGGAUAGAUGAGCUGCCCCCUGGUGUGAAGGGAUGUCGGAGGCCACAGAGACCGGCCAACAGCUUCCUCAGGAAAUCAAAGCAGUAUUAUAACUAUGGCGAGAAUGAGGAGUUCCUAUGCUUCACUGGAUUUGAACUGGAUGGUUACCAAUUCAUAAACUGUCUCCCUGAUGGAACCUGGACCGAUCCAAGUGGCGAAUGCAUUAGGAAGAUAUGCUUUCCUCCUGAGAUCCCUAAAGGAAUGAUUUUGUCCCCUGACAAGGACGAAUACAAAGUGGGUGAGUCACUGACUUUGACGUGUAACGAGAACGACAUGGUGCCAAAGCCGCAGAGCUCCUUUAAAUGCGGCAACAGUCUCACCUGGGAGCCUCCUCUGGCUGCUGAUCUGCGCUGCACCAGCGAGCGAUCAUCAGUUCCAGAUGGUCCAUGUAAGCAAGGUCAGAGACGGGAGAAUUCUAAGUGUGUCUGCAUUGAGCGCGAGAGCUGCCUUGAAAAACCAGCAGAUCUGUGCAUCCUGAAUGUGGACGUCGGUGCGCUGGUCUCAAUGUCCCUCUGCUCCUUCCAAGCUGGCCAUUGCCAUGGCGACCCACUCUUCUUCUUUAGGGAGAGAGCAUGCACUCUCGACGACUUAGCCAAACUGGAGUGGGCCAUGUUUCGGGCCCAGAUGUCCAAUAGGAGCUCUGUUCAGCAGCCUUGUGGUCUCAGCGCCUGUUAUGACUGGGAAAUCUGUGGUGACUCUGAUAGGUGUGAGUGUAAAACUGCUCGAGACUGUCCUAAAGUGGAAACGACAAAAUUCUGUGUGAAGGUGAGCAGGAGGAAUCGCACCUUGGGCCUUUGCGCUGCAGUGACCCUCAAAUGUGCAGGCUAUGAGAUAGAGAUCCUCGGUGAAGGCGACUGUGAGUCCGGAUGAUCCUGCAAAAGCUUUCAGCUGAAUCCAAACCCAUGUACAGUAACAGAUAUGUGAUUAAAAUAACAUACUUCUGCAAAAAAACUACCUUCACAUUUAAAAACACGUUUGAUUUAUGUUAAAGGUCAGUAUUAUUCUUUGAUAAAUGCCCUGAGCACUAGAACUAUGAAUUAAAAAACAUGUUCAGGUCCAA